AUGCUACCUGGUCAGCGCACGGCCGGCCGGUCCAAGAAACCAUCAGGGAAAACGGUGCUCUUGGAUAUGCCAAAGGAGGAGGGCCCACCCCAAACGCCAGAUGGCGAAGCCAGUGGCAACGACAGGCCGUUGAUGUCUCCAAUUUCAACACCAACACCGACGUUUCAUCGAGAAGUCUCUGUCAGCAGGGACGAUGCUUCCUGGAGCUUCGAGCGGAUUGAGCGGCGUCCACGAAGUGCUGCUCGAAGGAAGGGCGGCGCUCGCGCCAAGAACCCGUUCAUCGAGUACGAUGUCCGCGAAAAGAGGCUGAAUCAGGAACGCAAAUGGCUACAAGAAGACUCUCGUUUUCUUGAGCAGCGAAGAGAAGAACUUCGACUGGGUGCCCUGUUGAAUCAGCUUAACAUUCAGAAUGAUCCAGACGAUCAGCUCUAUGAGAAUCGCACAUUCUACGGCCCGCAUUCUAUGGCCAUGAAGGCCACCAAGGCGAGACGAAAUCACAGGGCGCGUCCGCGCACGAACUCGGCGCCAAUCCCCGAACGUCCUCCCAAGGAGGCUGUCGGCGGCCGCAAGUUCCCCAAGGAGCGCGCCACUGCUGCUCUAAAAUCAUUGUCGCAGGUCCUGAAGAACUCUAGCGAGGACGUGCAGCAACGCUUCAAGGAUGAGCUUAGGAAGACCGGCUACGGACCGCCAGAAGAUUCAGCCGAAGCUCCGAGAAACAGGCUGUUCGCCUUCACACGCCUCGGUGCAGAAGCGAACGAACACGCAAUCUCGCGGAGCUGCUCAAAGAGUUCGAUGAAUUUUUAA